GGGUGGAAUCAGGAUUCAUUACGAAAUAAUACUGAGAUCCAAAAAUUACGCACCCACGCUUUGCAGGUCAUUAAUGAACAUAAGCAACUACAAAAUGAAAAUACUAAUCUUAUUUCUCAUAACGCACAAAAGGAUAUUUUUAUUGCUGAAUCCAAAGCUAAGAAUGUUACAAAAUCCAAGAAAAUCAAAUCACUUGAGUAUAUGAUCAAGAUAUUGGAAAGUAAGUUGUCUUCAGCCCAGAAAGAUGUAAUUUCAAUUCAAAAUAACUCAUUGAAAAAAGAAUCCGAGAUUUUAUCUCUCAAGUCUAAAAUAGUUGAAGUAGAAUAUGAUAUCUGA